UUGAUUUAUUGCAAGUUGAAGUGGCGAAAUUAGGACAGAAUGAGACAAUUUCAACAACUUCUCAUUCAAUGCCAUCACAGUCGCAUAUAAUGCCUAUGGUUGGCAUCGAAAGUCCCAGUAAUAGUAGUCUGCAUCAUCCACACCACCACCACCACACCGAUUCUGAUUAUCGUCAAUCAUCAAGUACUUCUACGACUUCACCAAAUAGACCUUCAAAAAUACAGUCUUCUACGAGUCCAUUGGCUGUAUUACCCGAAUUUGGGUUUCCUCCUUAUUACUCGCAUAAUAACAACACUAACUAUUUGCGGAUUCAUCCUUCGCCUGAAUCGGGAGGACAAAGUGGCGGUGGCUCAGCUCUAGGAUCUCGAGUUGUUGGUGGCGGCGGCGGCGGUGGAUUUGGAACAGAAAGUAGUCUUUUAAAUCCGCCAAAUGUCAAUGACAUAUCCCCUUCGAUGGAUCAUGCAAUGGAGCAUAAGCGGCGAAAGAAAGGUUGA